AUGGGACCCUCGUCAACCAAUUCCUCCGACCACACCCACGUCGAAUCGCACGAACUCGAACAAUACCCACCUUCACAACUAUCGCAGUCAUUGCAGCCCGGCAAUGCGACACCAGGCAGGGCACGCGUGAGGAUCAACAGCAUCGCUGCUGAGAUCCCACCACCACCUAUUGAGGAGCGCCCUAGCUUCAGUCACGUCAGCGAGGCCGAAUCACUCGAAAGUGCUGAUGACCAGACUGUUGCUGCCGCCGAGCAGCUGUUGAAGGCACACAAUACCGGUAACGCCAAAGCACAUAUGACGAGCGACGGUGCAGACCCCUUCGAUGAUUCUGAGGGUUAUGCCGUCACAGGAAACACACAAGGUGGUGUCUUCUACCAGCUGCUACAGGCCUACAAGAACCCUCCUUCGGCAUACCACGACCACUAUACGCUCUCUGAAGCCAGCAACAGCUCGCCGCCCACUACCCAGCGACCUGGCUCCUCCUCUGGCGCAGUCACUCCAUCGCGCAAGAAGUGGUACCACCAGGAAAAAGCGGCACAGUCACAAGAGACGCUUGCAACGCUCAUCGGUGCAUCCACCAAGUUGGCAAAUCCCAAUGACAAGAAGGAGACUACCACCCGCCCACACCACAAGCGCACCAACAGCGGUGGUGGCAUACUAGCCAAGGUUAUCAAAGCCAAGGAAGACCAGGAUGUCCGCAUCAAGAUCCACGUCGCGAACAUCCUCAAGCGCCAACAAUACAUCAUCCGUAUGUGUCGUGCUUUGAUGCUGUUCGGCGCCCCGACCCACCGUCUGGAAGAAUAUCUUGCGACCACUGCCAUGGUCCUGGAGAUCAACAGCCAAUUUCUCUACAUACCAGGGUGUAUGCUGAUCUCUUUUGACGACCCCCUGACACACACCGCUGAAGUCAAGAUUGUUCGUACAGCACAAGGCGUCAACCUCGGCAAGCUCAAGGAUACCCACGAAAUCUAUAAAGAAGUACUGCACGACGUCAUCGAUUUGGACGAGGCAAUGCAGAGGCUAAACGAAGUCAUUAACGCCAAGGACCGUCAUAACGUCUGGCUGUGCGUCGUCAUGUAUGGUGCAGCAUCUGCAGCAGUCAGUGUGUUCUUUUCAGCACGUCUCAUUGAUAUGCCCAUCAUCUUUGCACUGGGCUGUUUGCUUGGUGUUCUGCAGCUAGUCAUCUCGCCGCUUUCGAAGACAUACAGCACUGUUUUCGAAAUCUCCGCGACCAUUUUGAUGAGUUUUCUGGCACGCAUGUUCGGCAGUAUCAAUGGUGGAAGCUUGUUCUGCUUUUCUGCGAUUGCACAGAGCGCCAUUGCUAUGAUCCUCCCUGGAUGGCUUGUGCUCAGUUCUGCGCUAGAACUACAGUCUCGUGCCAUCGUUCCAGGCUCGAUCCGCCUUGUCUUCGCCAUCAUCUACUCGCUCUUCCUCGGAUACGGCAUCACUGUUGGCACGGCCAUCUACGGUGCCAUUGAUUCGAACGCUACGAACGCACAGACCUGCACCGCUCCGCUGAACAAGUAUUGGAACUUUUUGUUCGUUCCACUCUAUGUGUUCUUCGUAACUUUCACCGUGCAGGCCAAGUUCAAGCAGAUGCCUGCCAUGAUCUUGAUUGCUACGGCAGGGUACACCGUCAACUUCUUCGCCAACAUGAAGUUCACAUCCUCCGCGCCCAUUGCCUACACAUUUGGGGCUUUCACUGUUGGUGUCCUUGCCAACCUCUACAGUCGAGUGAGACAUGGUGUCGCGGCCGCAGUGCUCUUGCCUGCUGUUGGAGCUAUCGAAUCUGCUCUUCAAACAGCAGCUGCACUUAUCAGAGGCUCUGCAGCCGCUGACGAUACCACUGAUGGUCUCAACUCCAUCGUCUUCAACGUUGCCGCGUCCAUGAUUCAAAUCGCCAUCGGUAUCACCGUCGGUCUUUUCAUGGCAGCGCUUCUCGUUUACCCGAUGGGUAAAAAGCGUAGCGGUCUUUGGACCCUAUAG